CUCCGAACUAUGUUUCUUUGCCCGAGCGAAUCAAUACAUUCAAUGAUGGCCCUACAUUGCAUUACAUGAAUCUGCGAACAAGUAUCAUUGGAGGAGCAGAUGCGGCAGUCCCAAGUUGGAUCGACAGGCGUCUUUUUUCAUCUUGUUUUUGUUGCGGAGAAGAACACCCUCAACCCACAAAGCAGGAAAUCGCCUCGCCGGGAAUGGGCCAAGCCACCGUCGAAUCAAAAAAGAGUCGCACUCGCGCAAGCUCGCAUCCGAUAACUUUUCGACGAAGAAAACACCACCCAUCAUCACUCGACGUCAAUUUAGCAUUCGAUGCCAAGCCGCUAAACCCAAGCUCGAUCCGCCAAGACCAACCUCAACUCAACCUCACCUCACCACCAGCAGCAACCCACAUACCCAAACGCCCGCAACCGCCCUAACAUUCAAGAUGGCGGGCAAAGGACACGGACCCAAUGUGGUCCGC